AUGUCAGCAACCUGCGCUCGGACACUUUAUGUUUCGAGAGAUUUACACAAAAUAAAGAGCAAAGACAACUUAAAGGCAAUUCUGACCAGAGGCACAGAUGAGAGUAAAAUUGAAGCGCUAUGGCAUAUAGUAAAGGAGACUGCAAUGGGAAUAAACCAUGAAAACCUUCUAUUAACACUAACAAUGGCUAUCCCGAGUACAAAGAGUAAAAGACUAAUUAUGCUGUUCUAUUUGUAUAUGGAGAGUAUAAAUAUAGAAGACUCUGAGGGGAACAUUCGGGAUGAGAUACUUAUGAUAUGCAAUAUGAUACGGGGGCAUCUAGCACACCCCAAUGAGCACAUUAGAGCCCGCGCAAUCAGAACCGUUAGCAAGUUUAGAAGUGCUGCGAUAUUUGAUAUCUUAAAGCUUCCAUUUAUAGAGAAUCUAAGUUAUUCAAAUCCAAUAGUAAGAGCAUCAAUGUACAUAGCGCUGCGGGAUCUUCUUAGCAGUAAAGAGCUAUCUGGGAUAUUUUCAGAUACCAUUCCCAUGCUGGUUGACCAGAUUCUUAAAGAGAGAGACUCAAUCUGCCUGGCAGAGGGGUAUAAAACCAUCGAGCAGGUAAACAAAGAAGAUACAAAGCAUAUUUAUGAGAAGUUGAAAGAAAGCGCGCAUGAGGGCUUACAGGAGUGCUUUUUAGAAAGUGCAGAGAGAGAGGGCGACUUAGACCAGAUUGUUGAAAUAUUCAAAAGAGCGUCUUCUCGUGGGAUAGAGGUACAUGCUGCUGUUGCUCUGGUGAAGAAUGGAAAUAGUGAGAUGGUAAAGAUGGGAGUGGAUAAGUUAUUGGAUAUGUCAAAUGAGUACUUGGAUGUGGAAUCAAAGAGUAAAAUCAUUCGUGCGUGCAGAGGUGCGCUAAAAAGAGGGCAGUAUACAUUUGAGAAUAUGAGUAUGAAAAUAGUGCAGAUGAUUACUCCAGCCGUAGCUAAGAUUAAGAUGGAACUAGCCAAGGAGAUAUUCCAAUUUACACUGGAUGUUCUGGCAAUUGCAGAGGCAAAGGACUUGUUCGCUUUUCUGUGCCAGGGCCUUACAGACACACCGGAGAAAGAUUUGAGAGACUCGUCCUCAGCACAGGAUAAGAUAUUUUUUAUGCAGGCACUAAAAGAGCUGAUGAUGAAGUAUAAAAUAUGCACACCUGAGCUAAUAGAGAGGAUUUCUGGACUGGUUUCUGUUGGAAUUCCUGAACUGGCAUUGGAGGCAGUGAACUUUAUUGACUCGUUCAUUACUCUUUUGCCAAAGAACAUGGAGGAGACUUUGACACUCGUGAUAGAUAAACUGCCGGGCAUUAAGUAUGGAAAGAUACUUAGAAGGGUGUUUACUCUUAUUUCCGCCCAUGCAGAUGGUGAGAAAGCGCACGAGGCAGUACUUAAGCUGCUCUAUGCUUUAGCAUCAGAUGACAAAGGGCUUCUUCCAGGGCUUAAAGACACAAAGAAACUAGACAUUUCAAAAAUAUUCCCUGGUGUGCCCAUUGCUAUUUUCCUCCUGGACAUGGCACAGCGUGCGCCAGACAUGAAAGAGGAAAAAAGGAAGGAGUUCACUGCGGAUAUUAUGACAGCUGCGCUUAAAACAUAUGCAGCGGGGCAUAAAACCCAGAAUAUAGAUGAGGCAUCUCGUGUAGCACUCCUUCGCCUAGUAAGUCUGCUGGAGAAUAAUGAAAACACUCAUAUUCUUGAUAAGUCUCGCCAAGUAACAGGGAGUAAUGAUGCAAAGGGCUUAGAGCAGAAAAAUAAUAGGCGGCUUGCUGGUGGGGUGCCGUGUAAGCAAAAUUUAUUUAUUCGGCCUGUCUUUCCACUAAUUGUUGAGCAAACAUCGCCAUGCGAACUAAGCACAGUGCAGAAAUUUAUUGAAAAAAGCACUCCGCUGUCACUCAGUAAGCUAAAAAACAUUUUCCAACUCACAUCAGCAAUUGAUCCAUUGUACUGUGAGUGCAAGAUAAAUACCUCUCGCACGGAAAUAACAUUGGAUAUUCUUCUUGUAAACCAGACUGAUAUGCUCUUGGAGAGCGUUGAGUUUGACAUUGUCUCUAGUCCAAAUAUUAAAAUGGCAAGCAUUAUCCGGCUGGACAAGCUAAGGCCGCACAUGGUGUGCACACUAGAAGCCACUUUAAUUAUGGAAGAGUCAGACACUGGGUAUAUUGGUGGAGUAAUUACGGCCGGGAAAGUAGGAAGGGACAAUUACUUUAUACAAAAUUUGCAGGAGAUUAAGUUUAACUUGGCUGAUAUGCUGGAAAAAAAGAAAAUAGAUGGAGAGGAGUUCCGUGAUAGAUGGCCAUCUCUUGUUUGGGAGAAUCUGUAUACAAUUACGCUGAAUACUUCAAAAAUUACUCCGGGCCAUGUGAUCAAGACCGUUAGCAAAGCUAUCAACGGCACAGUAGUUGAGACAAGGGCAAAGAUAGGCGAUACCAUAUCAGAUAAAGAUGAGAUUGAGCGGCCAGAUAUACUUGUGAAGAACAUGUACACAAGAACUGCACAGGGAACAGGCAUUUACGUAAAUGCUGCCAUUACCACAGAAGGACAAGAAUUGGCAGCCACAUUCAGAAUACGCGGCAGCAAUGCACGGGUGGUCAAGUCACUUUGCCAGCUAAUUUCAAGACAUGUGAAGACCUUGGCAGAGUAAGCAGAGGGCGCAGAGACAGCUUGUUUGUGUUAUAUUAGGCAACUUCUAUCCCGAUGGAGGAUCAGAGG